AUGGACCUGUCGGCGAACCCGGACAGCCCUCUGUCUGGAGGGGGCAACGGUGGCGGCUCCUCGAGCAGCAUCACCUCCUCGCUUUCCGUGGCCUCAGGGGGCACUCCGCACCCGCAGUCGCCGAGCAGGUACGAGGCGCAGAAGCGGCGCGACUGGAACACGUUCGGGCAGUACCUGCGGAACCACCGGCCGCCGCUGAGCCUGGCUCAGUGCAGCGGGGCGCACGUCCUGGAGUUCCUGCGCUACCUUGACCAGUUCGGCAAGACCAAGGUGCACGCCUCGGCCUGCCCCUUCUUCGGCCACCCUAGCCCGCCGGCACCCUGCCCGUGCCCGCUCCGUCAGGCCUGGGGCAGCCUGGACGCCCUCGUCGGCCGCCUCCGCGCCGCCUACGAGGAGAACGGCGGCAGCCCCGAGUCCAACCCCUUCGCGGCGCGCGCCGUCCGCCUCUACCUUCGCGAGGUCCGCGAGCACCAGGCCCGCGCCCGCGGCGUCAGCUACGAGAAGAAGAAGCGCAAGAAGCCGCAGCAGCUGGCCGGCGACAGCAGCAGCGGCAGCUUCCACGGCAACCAUCACCAGCCCCCUCCCGGCCCGCCUCCCGCCGCCGGUUGCUGA